AUGCGCUGCCGCGUCGCGGUGGCUCCGGGCCGGACGCCCAGGCGUCGAGCGGCGGGGACUGCGGCGGCUCCCGGCCAAGAUCCCUUACCCCUCUUCCCCGCAGUGUACCACUGGGUGGAGAUGCGGGCCAAGAUGCGCCUCAUGGGCUUCAACGCGGCCGCCGUGAAGCCGCUGAACGAGGACGCGGCCGCCGAGCUGGGCGCCGAGCUGCUGGGCGAGGCCACGGUCUUCGUGGUGGCCUGCGGCUGCCUGGUGCUGGAGUACUGGCGCCACCAGGCGCACCACCGUCGCAAGGAGACAGCGCGGCGCGCCGCCUGGAGCGCGAUGCGGGACGAGGUGGACCACCUGGCGCUGGCGCUGGCCGCCCUGCACGACCAGGUGCGCGCGGCGCCGCAGCAGAGGGCGCUGGAGGAGCUGCAGGUGCAGAUGCGGGAGGUGCGCGCCCAGCUCUGCGCCCGCGACCCGCCGUCCGCGCCCCAGCCAAGCCCAAGGAAUAGGGGGCUGCCGGACCUUGGGCCUCCAUGUGGCCGUGGCCUGGGCUGUGACGUCUCCGACACGACCUUCUGUCCACACUGUCCCUUCCUGAACCGGCCCAGCUAA